AUGGAUUCAGUAAAAGACAAGAAGACUCAGUUCGUGGUUUCGGAGAGCAGCUCCGAGACUGAAGUGGGCUCAACGUUAGGGCCAACACUGACAAAAGCAAUUGACCGUAGGUUAUUGGUGAAAGCGGAUAUUUAUGUUUGUUCGUUUUUAGCGGUGUUUUAUGCUAUACAGUUCAUGGACAAGGUUUGCGUGAGUCUGGGUGCUGUUAUGGGAAUCCAAGAAGAUCUCAAAAUGGAAGGGUCGAUGUUUUCGUGGGUCGGCUCGUCCGUGUAUUUGGGAUACCUUGUAUUCGAGCUACCCUUGGACUACAUAAUGCAACGGUUCCCUAUUGCAAAAGUCACAGCUGUGUGCAUGACUUUGUGGGGCGUAGUUCUGGCUACCAGCGGAGCAUCUCAAAACUACGCCGGUUACAUUACAACACGAGUCCUGCUUGGUGCUUUGGAAGGUGUUGUUACACCGUCAUCUCUAGUAAUUGUGUCGCAGUGGUAUAAGCGUACCGAACAGUUUUCUCGUAUAUGUCUUAUUUUUGGCUUUUGUGGUUUUGGUGCCAUCGUAGUAGACUUGAUGGGAUAUGGUCUGGUCGUUCGCGAAGAGAGUCACAGUUUGCCCAUUGCAGGUUGGCGACUGCUUUUCAUUAUUUUGGGUGCCAUAACUAUUGUUUUUGGUAUUCUUUUUUGGCUACAUAUCCCCGAUAGCCCACCCCAAGCAUGGUUUCUGACUGAAAAAGAGAGGCAAGUCCACAUCGAGCGCACAAGGCAGAAUCUGCAAGGAUAUGGAACUAGAGAGUUCAAAUGGUAUCAAGUUCGCGAAACACUUUUGGAUUAUAACACUUGGUUACAUUUCAUUUACGCCCUUUUCAGUAGUCUUCCUAAUGGUGGACUUACUAGCUUCUCUGUUCUUCUCAUCAAGGGCCUUGGAUUCACUUCUACGAGAUCGUCUAUUCUCAUGGAUAUUCCAUCUGGUGGUGUCAUGCUGGUGGGAUGCACACUAAGUGCCCUAGCGUUUCACUUUUAUUUCACUAAAAGCCGCUGGAUUCCGGCGAUCUUUGGCUCAGCUACAACAGUAAUGUGUAUGUGUCUAUUAGCUUGGGGGCCAAAUAAUGCGUCUAAACUAGCCGGUUUCUUCUUGUGGAACUGGCUAUCUUUUGUUCCUUACAUUGCAGUCAUAUCCUGGGUUAGUUCCAACUCGGCUGGCCACACCAAAAAACUGUGGACAAGCGGAAUUGUUUUGAUCGGCUUUUGUGUUGGCAACCUAAUUGGCCCCCAAACUUUCAAGGCAUCAGAAAAGCCUGUCUAUCAAACCGCAAAAGUUGUGAUGGCAGUUUCGUCUAUUAUCUGUCUAGUCUGUCAGGCUCUUUACAUCUACUUCAACAUGGCUGAAAACCGGAGACGUGAGAGUGUCAACGCGAAGCUUCCUGAUCAUAUCAAAGACCCAAUCGCUGCAGAUCUAACAGAUAAAGAAAAUCCUGAGUUCCGUUAUGCUCUUUAA